GAUGAUAACUGGACCCUCCAAAGCUUACAACUAAGAAUACCUUCAAAUAACCUUCUAAUUACCGUGUGACUAUAUCCAUCAUGCCGGAGAAGGAAGAGGCAGUUUUCCGUUCUGCGGAAAUGUCUUUAGUUCAAUUGUAUGCUCCGACCGAAGUUUCGCGGGAUAUUAUUUAUCGCAUUGGUCAAUUGAAUCUUAUACAAUUUCGCGACUUGAACUCAAAGGUUAAUGAGUUUCAACGUUCAUUUGUAAAAGAAUUAAGACGUUUAGAUAAUGUCGAAAGACAAUUUAGAUUUUUAAAGCACGAAUUAGAUCAAAGGGAAAUUCCGGUUAAGACUUUCCCUUAUGAAUUAAAUCCAGUUGUUCCUGAAUCAGAAAUUGAUGAACAUGUUGAAAAUGCCCAAUUAUUGGAAGAUAGAGUUGGUCAAUUAAUUGAUUCUACUGAAUCCUUAUAUAAUAAGCAAAAAGAGUUAAAAGAAUUAAAAUUCACUAUUCAAGCUGUUGAUAAUUUUUUUGCUACUAAUACUGGACCAUCAGGUGAUUUAGAUGAUGAAACUGCUCUUCUUUCACAAUUAGAAUCUCAAACUGUAUCUGAAUCACAUUCUGCUAAUUUUAUUAGUGGAGUUAUUAAUCGAGAAAAAGUUGGAACUUUACAACAAAUUUUAUGGAGAGUUUUAAGAGGUAAUUUAUAUUACCAUAGUGAAGAAUUACCAGAAGAAAUUUAUGAUCCAAAAUCUAAGACUCAUGUACGUAAGAAUUCCUUUAUUAUCUUUUCUCAUGGUACCAUUAUUUAUGAACGUAUUAAAAAGAUUUGUGAAUCUUUAGAUGCUGAUCUUUAUAACGUUAAUUCUACAGCUUCAUACAGAUCUGAUCAAUUAGCUGAAACUAAUCUUAAAUUAAGAGAUUUAAGUACAGUUUUGGAUGAAUCAGAAAAUGCUUUAACUUCAGAAUUAGUGGCUAUUUCAAGAGAUUUAUUAAAAUGGUGGGAAGUUGUGGCUAGAGAAAAAGCAGUAUAUCAAACUAUGAAUCUUUGUGAUUAUGAUGAUUCAAGAAAAUCAUUAAUUGCUGAAGGUUGGAUUCCUACUGAUGAAAUCUCUACUUUAACUACUACCAUUAAAGAAUCUGAUAAUUCUCAAUCAAUUCCAACUAUUGUUAAUGUAUUAGCAACUACUAGAACUCCUCCAACAUUCCAUCGUACUAAUAAAUUUACUGAAGCUUUCCAAAGUAUUUGUGAUGCUUAUGGUGUAGCAACAUAUAGAGAAGUUAAUCCUGGUUUACCAACCAUUAUUACUUUCCCUUUCAUGUUUGCUAUUAUGUUUGGUGAUUUGGGUCAUGGAUUCCUUUUAACUUUGGUAGCAUUAUAUUUGGUAUUAAAUGAAAAGAAAAUUGGUGGUAUGAAGAUUGAUGAAAUAUCUGAAAUGGCUUUCAGUGGUCGUUAUAUCUUAUUACUUAUGGGUGUAUUUUCCAUGUAUACCGGAUUGUUAUACAAUGAUCUUUUCUCUAAAUCAAUGACUUUAUUCUCAUCAGGUUGGGCUUGGCCAACUGACUUUAAACCUCUGGAAACAGUUAUUGCUUCUAAAGUAGGAACUUAUGUAUUUGGUUUAGAUUCAGCUUGGCAUGGAGCAGAAAAUGCUUUAUUAUUCACCAAUUCAUAUAAGAUGAAAUUAUCCAUUUUAAUGGGAUAUUCUCAUAUGUCAUAUUCGUUCAUAUUUUCAUUAGUUAACUAUGUUCAUUUUAAGAGUUUAGUUGAUAUUAUUGGUAACUUUAUUCCUGGAUUAUUGUUUAUGCAAGGUAUUUUUGGUUACUUAUCAUUAUGUAUUGUUUACAAAUGGUCAGUAGAUUGGUUUGCUAUUGGAAAGCAACCUCCUGGAUUAUUAAACAUGUUGAUUUCUAUGUUUUUAGCUCCAGGAACUGUUGCUGAAGAAUUAUAUUCAGGACAAGCCACUGUGCAAGUAACUCUUUUAUUACUUGCAUUAUUAUGUGUUCCUUGGUUAUUAUUAUUUAAACCUUUAUACCUUAAAAGACAACUUGAUAGAGAAGCUCAAGAGCAUCAUUACCAACAAUUAUCUAAUGAAGAUGAUUUAACUUCAGAUGAUGCUGAUGAACAAGAUACUGCUCAUGAUGAUGAUGAAGAACAUGAAAGUCAUGACUUUGGUGAUAUAAUGAUUCAUCAAGUCAUUCAUACCAUUGAAUUCUGUUUGAAUUGUGUUUCACAUACUGCUUCAUACUUAAGAUUAUGGGCCUUAUCAUUAGCUCAUGCUCAAUUAUCUUCUGUGUUAUGGACCAUGACACUUGGUGGUAGUUUCAGUUUUACAGGUCCACUUGGAGUCUUUAUGAUUGUAGUAUUGUUUGCUAUGUGGCUCAGUAUGACUGUAUGUAUCUUAGUCGUUAUGGAAGGUACAUCUGCCAUGUUACAUUCCUUAAGAUUACAUUGGGUCGAAUCAAUGUCUAAGUUCUUUGAAGGUGAAGGUACAUUGUACGCACCUUUUGGAUUUAAGGGAUUAUUAAGCGAUGUCGCAUAAGCUCAUACACUCCUUUAUAUAUCGCAUCCUCAUCGUCCACCACUAGACUCUAAAACUUUAUAUACAAUUCAUUAAUUUACAUAUACUAUAUCAAUAACAAAAAAUAAAAAUAAAAUAAAAUAAAAUAAAUUUUAGCGAGUGUGCAUAUGUUGCGCACUAAUCCCAUCGCACUUU